AUGUGGUGGGAGCGUCUAGCCUUUGCUCCUUUUGCCAUUCAGAGCCUCUUCUGUCCUUCGCGCAGCAGCGACACCAUUCUCUUGCUGCUUUUGGGCUGGGCAUUCGGCUGUGUCACUGGAGCCUUCUUCACGGCCAUUUGCUUGAGCCCUCAGCUCAGGCGCUGCAUUCUGAGGGUGAUCUACUUUUCCUUGCAGGAGACCGGUCUGGUUGGUGUGACUGUUGAGACUCAUUCCGAGCAAGGGAACCAUCAUAUCCUUGUUCGGGUUGACCCUAGUUCAACGCCUGCGGACGAAGCUUCGCCGGGCACUGAAAUCGGGACUGACACAUUGAGUUUUUCUCUGAUUCCUGCAUCCAGCUCCGCUUCGGGCUACACUGCUGCUGCAAACUGGUGGGAAUCCGUCACUCCAGUACUUCCAGGGCCCCAAGUUUUGGCACUGGCUUCUCAGCUUCGUGAAGGCGGAGGACUUUCUGGCAUUGAACGCAUCAAGCUUGCCUACGGCCGUGGUCGACAGGCAGCUCAGAUCUACCGUGGUGAGGAGAUUUUGAUCAUCAAGCUAUUUCCCACGGGUUUGCUAGCCAAGCCGAGGCCUCAGAGAUCUCCCAGAAACUUUGCCAUGACCUUGCCCGAGGGCACGGUCACUGCGGAGGAGUCUACCAGCCCUUCGCAUCUUUUCUUCCAGCAUAGUUCAGAGAUAUGUCACUGCUUGGUUGUGAGAAAAGUGGACAGCGGUGCAGUUUUGUGCAUACCUCGAAGUGGCAUCGCAGCAGAGUAUGCUGGGGUCAUCGGGCCUUUCUCCGAGCUGACAGUUCGAGCUGCCACUCCUGCGGGUGGUUUGUCCCGUCGAAACUUGGACAUCGUGCUGUUCGACUUGGAUGCAGCUGGUUUCGAUGGCGUGAUCAGCGCUUUGCCUCCCGGAACCGAUGCUGCAGCCUGCAAGGAUUUUGGCCGCUAUCGAGGUCAACCAGAUUGGCCUCACAUUCCUUCUCUUCUCGAGCUGUAUCGGCAGUUUGUGAGCUCAGGCGAUGCUCGUUUGGAGCCCUACUUCACUGCAGAGGAGGCCGAGGUUCCUGGCCUAGAUGGAGCAGACGUAGCAGGUCGUCCAGGCGCAGCCAAUGGCGUGGACCCAAUGCAGGAUAUGCUGCACCAGCUGCUCACUCAGAGUUCAGCCACCCAGGACCUAGUCACUGGCAUGCAAGGGCAGUUUGCUCAGCUAGGAAACCGCUUGUCUGUGUUGGAAAAGAAGCAACCUGGAGCUGCCGGCCUCGGUGGAUGGAGGGACAGCCCCCAGCUUUUCAGCGGUGCUCCUCAAGGACUCACCGAAGACAAGAAGGAGACCUUGCGACAGCUGGCCGCUCGAGGACCAGCCAAACUAGGGGAUCUGGGUGGCACGGGCCGUGCUCCUCUCCCUGUGGGCACCGACCCUCUUGGUGGCACUAUCGAGGAAGAAGAUCCGGAAGAUCUAGACGGUCAGCCUUUGUCAGCCGACCCUGCAGCGAGCACUCUGGAGAAGUUGUUGGCUUCGCAACAACGGCUAUUGAGUCACUUGGUGCAAGCGCAGGCGCGCCAGAACGAUCCAUUAGCUCUGUUGAGUGCACCGUCAGCCGACGAUGCAGACCAGCCCAAGGGUUCUGGAGUGAAGGGGAUUGCAGCCAGACAGAUGUUGCAGGAUUCCUUCAGGCGACACCCUCAGCGUGUGGUGGCGCUGAUCUACGAUCGUCUGGCGACUGCCCGCCGGAAGGCAUCAAGCUCGGAGCUCGAGCCAAGAGACCUAUGGUAUCAUUUCCAAGAAUCUGUGCCCCUGGGAUCUCACAAAACUCUGACUCAUGUUGCCUUCAUAUCGGCCAGCAUGUUCGAGGCGAUCCAAAGGAACCAGACAGAGCGGCUGCAGAUGUUGUGCCUCUUGUUGGCCGUCUUUGUGGAACAGGCGGCGUUCGACGGAGGCAGCCUCAGGUUAGCUCAUUUGUUGACUGGACUGGAGGACCCUCCCUUUGCUCAGACGGAGCUACACAAGGCAGCUCGGUCCGACCUAGCUCAUGGAGCGCUAGCCGAUCCAAAGUGGGUCACCACCCAGCUGCAGUUCCUGAAGGACGUGGACAGCAUCCAGGAGAGGUCCGGGAAGUACGGUCGAUCAGCAGUUCCGCGUCCCAGCGAGGCUGCAGACGGCACCACCGCCACUCCAAAGCCAAAGGCAAAGUGGAAGCCCAAGGCAAAGAAGCCUCAAGAAGUUGGGCCCGAGGAAGGGUACAGUAGCGGUUUAGACAGAGCUUUGGGGAAGUAUAAUAACCUCCAUGACUCUUUGUUUCAUCUUGCAGAAGCUACUGAACACCUUCGGCAUGAGCUCGAUAGCUACAGCCGCGCCUCACGGCCGUGUUCAGCAGAUGCAGCCACUGUUGAUGCAUCGGACGAGUCUGUGGCCUCUCACAGUGGUUCGCCUGAGGCAGUUUUGGACCAGCCUCCAGUUUUGCUUCGUUCGCAGCACGACAGCACAGCUUUGAGCCUCGAUCCGGAUCGAAUACAGUUUAAGAGUGUUCCCAGUUUUAAAGCCGAGAGUUUCAUUUGUGACCCCUUGUUGAAAGCUGGUUUCAUGAAUCCUGUUCAUUUGCGUACCCCUCAACAACAUUGGCCCUCAACAAAAAGAGCUCGUGUGAUGUGCGAUCGUGAGAACUUGCUGAAGCUCUUCAAGAAGUGGGAUGCCCAUCAUUGCCUAGCCUUGAUCCCGGCUGCUAACUCUGAACUCCGCUACAGAUGUGGGUUAUUUGCAGUUUACAAAAGUCAGGAAAAAGAUAGGCAAAUUCUGAAUCCUAUUCCUGAGAACGGCAGAAGUAUGGUGAUGAACGCUUCUACUUUAACACUUGCUCAUGGUAGUCUUCUCACUGGUGUUUAUCUUGCUUACGACGAGGACCUUGUUAUAGGUGCUGAUGACCUGGAAGAUUUCUAUCACAACUUUGUUGUUUCGCCUUUACAUGCACAGCGCAAUCACAUUCAUGGUGUUUUUCCUGGUGACAUUUUCGAAGGGUGGCAUGCAUGGGAUCCCAAACUCAAAGGCAAGGAAGUUGUUGGCUGUUUUCGCACUUUGGCGAUGGGCACCUCUUUCGCAGUAGAAGUGGCUCAACAUGCCCAUAGCAAUCUUUUGCGACGAGCCGGCGUCCUUUCACCUGAUUUGCAAGUGGCGUACAGGAAGCCUUUGCCGCGUGGACCCACUUUGCUGCUCCUCUGUAUUGAUGAUUUGGGUAUCCUCCAAAAGAUUCCUCGUGGUAUGCCCCCUGAUUCAAAAGAAUGUUAUCGUGGUGAUUUGUUGCUUUUAGAAAAAGCAGGAGCAGCAUACGAGCGAGCUGGUCUGAGGACCUCCAGCAAGAAGGCAGUUCGCAAUCAGAGCUGCGCUACAGUGCUGGGUGGGGAGAUCGAUGGGCGUCGCGGCACUUUGAACGCCCCGAGACUCCGGAUUUUGGCACUUAGCAAACUUACUCUCAAGCUGGUGACCUUGGGUUGGGCGACCAAACAUUUGUUGGAAACUAUCAUUGGUUCCUGGAUUUUUGUGUUGCUUUUUCGGCGGCCAUUACUCUCUCUUUUCAAUGACGUUUUUCAUGAGGGUGAGUGUUGCAAGAAUCGACAUGAAGUUUUCCAACUUUCAACUGGUGCCAAACAAGAACUUUUGCUGGUAUCACUUUGGUCCCCUUUUGCUGGUACCAACUUGCGAGCGGUUCCAUUGGAUCGCAUCUAUUGCUCCGAUGCCUCGUUAGCUGGCGGCGGCGUUUGUGUGGCUCCAUUCACUGAACGAGGCACAUUGGAACUUAGCAGGGUUGCGGAACAGAAAGGAUUCUACACUAGAGUAGACUCUUCUACUUUGGGUCAGUACACUGCUCGGCUAGAAGGUGGUAUUGUUGAUGAUGAUGAGAAUAAAUGUUUGGGUCCCCCUCGCAGCAUGCAAGAAGGUUUCCUCUGGGAUUUUUGUGAAGUAUUUCGUGGAACUGGCAAUCUCAGCAACUCCCACAAAGCUGUUGGUCUGUCAGUUCACCCAGGGUUCGAGAUAGCAGAUGGGCCUCAAGGAGACGUGUUGGAGCCUUCCACUGCUCUUGCAAUAGUGGGUUUGAUUGCCAGGCGUGUUGUCCGUGUUUGGCACAUUGCUCCUGUGUGCACCACUUUCGGAACCUUGCGCAGGUUUCUGGACUUCGUCUUCGGUGGAUUGCCCAAGGACACACCUCUGUUUGGAGCCAGUCAAGGCUCUUUUCGCAUUCGCUGGAAUCGCUUGUUCAGUGAGCUUGGAGUCCCCACUUCCGAGAAGCAUCGAGGAGUGACUCCAAAGAGUUUGCGAGGCAGUGGAGCUUCCUGGCUUUUCCACUACACCGAGGAUGUUAGCAAACUUCUUUGGCGUGGGCGAUGGCAGUCCCGCCGCACUCUGGAGCACUAUCUUCAGGAUGUGAUGGGGCAAGUUCUUUUGACUGACCUUAGCCAAGAUCGCCGAGAUUUGGUCCUCUUACUCAGCGAAGCAUCUUCUUUCUUGCUUGUUUCGGCUUUAGGCUGA